GGCCGGGAUCGCUGCGGGCCCCGUGCGGGCCGGCACUGCCGCAGCACGGGGCCAGCCGAGCCUGGCUGCGGCGGAAUUCUCCUUGGAGCCCUUCGGCCCGCAGCCUCCCCCCGCACUAGCUCCUCCCAAGGCUCCCGCACCAGCUCCUCAGCGCCUUGGUUUGGUCAGUUCAACUCUAGCACAGAGUUAACCCAAUGGAAAGAGAAGUCCAGGAUGACCCCAGGAAGGGUCAGCACAGCAAAGUAUCCAGAGAUCAAGACUCUGAUGGGACCAGAUCCACAUUUAAAGUGGAUUGUAUCUGGAAUGGUUUUCACUCAGCUUCUGGCAUGCUACCUGGUGAAAGACUUAUCUUGGAAGUGGAUUUUCUUCUGGGCUUAUGCUUUUGGGGGUUGCAUCAACCACUCCCUGACCCUCGCCAUCCAUGAUAUUUCACACAACGUGGCCUUUGGGAACAAGCAGGCCAAGUGGAACCGAUGGUUCGCAAUCUUUGCCAACUUGCCCGUCGGCAUCCCCUACUCUGCCUCCUUCAAGAAAUACCACAUUGACCAUCACCGCUACCUGGGAGGGGACAGCCUGGACGUGGACAUUCCCACAGACUUUGAGGGCUGGUUUUUCUGCACGCCGCUUCGGAAGCUGCUGUGGCUGUUCCUGCAGCCUCUGUUCUACAGCCUGAGACCGCUGUACGUGAACCCCAAAGCAAUCACACGGAUGGAAAUCCUCAAUGCUCUCGUCCAGUUUGCUAUAGACCUCAUCAUUUACUACCUGUGGGGGCUCAAACCUGUUAUUUACUUAAUAGCAGGUACUAUUCUUUGCUUAGGUUUUCAUCCCAUUUCUGGGCACUUCAUAGCAGAACACUACAUGUUCCUAAAAGGGUAUGAGACAUACUCUUAUUACGGACCACUGAACUGGCUCACCUUCAAUGUAGGCUACCACAUGGAGCACCAUGACUUCCCCAGCAUUCCUGGAUGCAGAUUGCCCAUGGUGAAGAAGAUUGCAGCAGAAUAUUAUGAUAACCUCCCACAUCACCAGUCCUGGAUUCGAGUUCUGUGGGACUUUGUUUUUGAUGACACUCUUGGUCCUUAUUCAAGGGUUAAGAGACUGUGCAAGCUGGCAAAGGAAAGCUAACGGGGUAGCUCGUCCUGCUUCAGUGGCGUGUGUUUGUUCAUUCCCAUGACUUCAGUUUUCUGCAGAAAUAGAAGGAUCUUUCUGUGUACUGAAUUGAAGUUGGUGCAUGCUGCUUAUGCCAAGAGAAUGGGUGUGAAAAUGAAGCAAUUUUAGACAACUGAUACUUUUUAAUAAAGGAUAUUUGUAUAUGCAACCCUCAGAACCUAGAUUAGAGUGAACUAUGAUUAGGUGAACCUUUGGUCUAGGCUUAGAAUUAACUUCUAGGGACAUAUGUGCCUAAGCCUAAGUUUUAGCUUUGUCUGUGGUGGGAAUGUUUGUUGUGUGUUAUGUGUGAGCAUGUGUUUGUAGUUCAGGACUGGUUUCUCUUGGUGCCAGAUUGGAAGUAGAUGCUCUGUGUGCACAGGACUGUGGAAGCAGGGAAGACUGGCAUGCAGUAGUAAAUGAUACUCUCUGGAGAACACAAGGGUGCUUUUAGCUCAAUGUCUUGUCUAAUCUAAUAUCUUCUGAUAAUUGCUAAUAGCAGAAAUUUUAUAUAUGCAAUGGAGUAUGUUUAUAUUUUUGUAUGUCUGUAACAUUAACAUUAUUUCAGUAGCUGCUGUUUGAUCUUUAUUCCAGAGCUUUGUCUAAACCUUUUUUGAAUGAAUUUCCAUUCUUAGGAUAUAAUACUAUUGCUAACUGACAGAUCUGAACUGUGUCAAGGAAAAGACCUUUUUUUAGUGUUCCACCUACUUCCUGAUCAGCAGCAUGAAUGUGCCUCUGAGGAACUGGUUGGUCCUCUCACUCACUUUUCAACAGUAUUCAUAACUUCAUGUAUCUCACCCUUUUCCCUACUGUAAGUACUCUGGGGAAAGGAUAGGUUCUAGUUUUAAUUUUUCCUUGCCAAAACUAUUAGCAUUCCUGGUCAUCUUUCUUGGUCUCCUUUAUAUUACACCCCUUUCUGCACAUGGGAGUUAGGAGUACUUGUCAGUGAAGACAUGGAGGUGUCUUCAUCUUCGUGGUGGUAUUUGUUCCUAACUGCUUUCAGAAUAAUGGCAAUUCUUUUCCUCUGUCGUUCAAGGGGCACAACUUAACAUUUGGGAAGCACGUAAAACGGCCUCUGGUGGUGUUAAGGGGAUGUACCUGGAACAUGGAGAUGGGGUCGUUUCUCUCUCUGUAUCUCUUACUUGGUGCUAUUGACAUUAACCUUCAUCUCUCAUUUCCACUUACUGGCAUACUGAAAUCUUCCUGCUUGUCCUCUCCAAUUAUAAACAUCUGGCUAUCCUCAAUAAUUCUGUAUCAUCAAAAACCUUAAUCAACAUAACCUUUCUACAUGCAGCACAAUAUCUUGGGAGUCAGGAAUUCAAAUGCCAUCUAGUAAAUUCCCUCUCCCAUAGGAAACUGACAAAUUAUUUCUGUCCUUACAAAGUGGUUAAAAGAGAUAGAUUAUGCAUUUAUAUAUAAUUGCCCUGUAGCCCUCUAACAGUUUGGGUUUUUUCUUCUGGAAAUCUGUGGCUGUGACAAAGAUUACUCUGCAGCCUCAUUGGUCCCUCAGAGUAUCAGACCUGGGAAGCCUGAUUUCCUCACUAAAUGUGAUUUUGUUCCUUCCUUCAGCAGCACUGGAUCCAGUGUGCAAGUCUGUCUGUUCACUAGGCAGCUGAACUAAACUGCAGCCAUUUGGGUUCCUCCUUCAUUUCCCCAUUCUCCAUUUUUCUCACCCAUGGGAUUUUGGCAGUCAGGUAAAUAAAUACCCAGGCUUGCUCAGCGGAUCAAGAUCCUUUGUAAUACAGGGGCUGAACACCAAGUUAUUCACCAAUACUGUUUUGUCCUUUUGGACAAGAAGUGCAAGAAUGAGGCAAGAAGCCAGUACUUCAGCCUUUACUGAUUCCUCAGUGAUGAACAUACUUAAAACAUUAUAUCUGAAUUAUUAAAGCUGCUUUUCUCCAAGAGGAAGAGGUGCUGCUGUGGGAACUUCCAUUACCUUUGUAUCAGUGCUUAUGUCAGGGAAUUUCAGGUUUUUAUUAAUUUACUUCAGAUUUGCUGGCACUCUGAUCACGUAUUCAGUUUCCUGUGUCAUUAGCAGUUGUUCCUCAACUUUCUUGUCCAAUUUAAUAAGUUAAUAUAAAAACCCCAAUAAAGAUUAUGCUAUCUUCCUCAA